GGAGCCGUCAUGAACCCGGAAGUCCCGGCUGGACUCUCACCUUGCUGGGGGGCGGGAUGGCGCUCCGAGCUGCUGCCUGCAGGACCCGCUGCUGCCUCAGAAUGUUCUCAGAUCAGACACUGGGGAAUGUGCGAAGGAAAAGCAGCUGCCCGGUGGAAGUGAGCCACCUCGAUCACCUGGUGCUGACUGUGAAAAGCGUGCAGAAGACGGUCGACUUUUACACCUCCGUUCUUGGCAUGGAGGUCAUCACUUUCAAGGGAAACCGGAAGGCUCUGGGCUUCGGGAGGCAGAAGUUCAACCUCCACCAGCAGGGUCAGGAGUUCGAACCCAAAGCCAGGCACCCAACCCCGGGCUCAGCGGACCUGUGCCUCAUCACCAAAACCCCGCUGGCUGCAGUGGCCGCUCACCUGAAGGUUUGUGGAGUGGAGAUUGUGGAGGGCCCGGUGGAGAGGACCGGGGCUGUGGGGGCCAUCACGUCUCUGUACUUCAGAGAUCCCGACCACAAUCUGGUGGAAGUAUCGAACUACACCCAGCAGGCAGCAGAGUGAUUUGGUUUAGUCUGUGAGCAUCCGGACACCUCGCAGCUCCCCGGCCCCUCCAGUCCAUCUGGUCCUCCUGCCUUCAUGACACAGUUAUGCUACUUUAAAGGAUUUAGAGUCUCAGUAUUGAAUUGUACUGAAGAACUUAUCCAGACAGACUGGAUGGCAUCAGCUGGCUCUGCUGUUCUGCUUAGCUUUACAUUUUAUAAGUGUUAAAUAAAAAAAUUCACAGAAGAUUUUUAGCAUCGUGUUCAGAUAUGCACUGUUUUACUUCAGGUAUUCAAAACUCUUAUGAAAUGUAUUUAUUUUCCAAAAAUAAAACGCUAUUA